AUGUCAGAACUUGCUCAAGUUUUAGAGAAAACGUUUUCUGGAGAUCCCAAGGAUCAACAAUAUGCCCUGAACCUCUUACAACAAGCCGCUGAUGGUAAUUUUCCAGAAUAUGUCAGACAACUUGCGGAAGUACUUUCUAAUGUCAACAACGGUCCUUUUAUUAGGAAAGCGGCCGGUCUUCAACUUAAAAACACUUUGUUCUCUAGUGGCCAAACAUCUUUCGAUCAGAAAAAGACCAGAUGGCUUUCAACGCCUUCAGAUAUGCGAGAUUACGUGAAGAAAUGUGCUAUGAUGGCACUUGAUACGGAAACAAUAAGACCAUCUACAGCAGCACAGUGCGUGGCUGCCAUUGCAUGUAUCGAGCUCCCUCUGAAUCAAUGGGCUGAUGUGAUUGACCAGUUGAGCGUUAAUGUUACAAGGCCGGAAAGCUCGCCAAUGUUGAGGGAAGCGUCGCUGGAAGCGUUGGGUUACAUCUGUCAGGAUGCUCGUGAUCUUCCAUAUACUGGGCCGAUAUUAACUGCUAUUGUACAUGGGAUGCGUGAGGAGGAGACGUCCAAUACAAUUCGACUAGCGGCUACAACAGCUUUGCUAAACUCGUUGGAUUUUGCCAAACAAAGUUUUGAGACUGAAACUGAACGCAACAUUAUUAUGCAAGUGACCUGCAAUGCUACCCAGUCUACAGAAACAUCAAUUAAAGUGGUUGCUCUUCAAUGUUUGGUCAAAAUAGUUUCUCUCUACUAUCGGCACAUGGAGCCUUAUAUGGGACGCGCUCUUUUUCAAAUAACCCUUCAGGCAAUGAAAGAUCCGGUUGAUGAAGUCUCUCUACAAGGAAUUGAAUUUUGGUCAAAUGUAUGCGAUGAAGAAUUGAAUUUGGCUGCUGAGGCUGAAGAGGCUGUCGAUCAAGGCACAACGCCAGAAAACGUCUCAAAACAUUAUGCUCUGGGUGCUCUCCCGCAUAUUUUGCCUACUCUCACAGAAAAAUUAGCGAAACAAGAAGCAGACUCUGAAGAUGAUUGGAACCCUGCAAAAUCUGCAGGAAUUGCUGUCAUGUUGCUAGCUCAAUGUUGUGGCGAUGCAAUUAUUGAUUUGAUACUUCCUUUCAUUACACAACAUUUUACUAAUCCGGAUUGGCAUUAUAGAGAGGCAGCAAUAAUGGCAUUUGGUUCAAUUUUGGAAGGGCCGACUAAACAAAAACUUUUGCUGUUGGUUGAACAGGCUAUACAGCCAUUGAUUGUUACGCUUUCGGAUACUCAUCCAGCAAUAAAAGACACUGCAGCUUGGGCAAUUGGAAGAGUUUGCGAUACUUGUGAAGGAAUUGUAACUCGUGAACAAACUUUGAGUUUGUUGUUGCCGGCACUUUCUUCAGCUUUACAAGAUCAACCAAGGGUAGCUACAAAUGUUUGCUGGGCAAUCUCAAGUCUUGUAAAGGCCGCCUAUAAAGUUGCUGUCGACCAAGGAGGAGCUGUAGAUGAGAAGGGUACUCCACAAACUUUCAUCCUGAGUCCAGUCUUCCAAAAUAUGGUUACUGAGUUAAUUAAGACGUCUGACAGAACCGAUUCCAACGAAAAUAAACUUCGAAUAGCUGCAUAUGAAGCCUUGAUGGAAUUAAUUAAAAACAGCCCAACUGAUUGUUAUCCAGCCGUUCAACAAACUACAAUAAUUAUUUUGAGCAAAUUAGAGUCUUUGUUGAGUAUAGAAGAUGCUUUAAUUUCGUCUAAUGAACGUUCACAACUUCGUGAUCUUCAAUCUCAACUUUGUGCAACGCUUCAAUCUGUUCUACACAAAAUUCGUUGUGAGGAUGCUCCUCUCAUUUCUGACAGUAUUAUGGCGGGUCUUCUUCGGAUCAUGGGACGUUGUACGGGGAAAGAGAGUGAGGCUGUGGUUGAAGAAGCUUUAAUGGCAAUUACUGCUCUUAUUGAAGUGUUAAAAGACGGUUUCCAAAAAUACAUGCCAGACUUUAAACCUUUCCUGCUUGCCGCUUUGGAAAAUCACGAUGAUGCACAGAUUGGAAUUGCUGCUGUAGGUGUUGUUUCUGAUUUGUGCAGAGCUUUUGAAACAAAUAUUAGUGGAUAUAUGGAUGAAAUUAUGGAAAGAAUGUUGGGGAUUUUACAGGACGCCAACGCAAAGAAAAAUGUUAAAACACAAGUUCUCAACACAUUUGGUGAUGUGGCAUUAGCUUUGAAUGCACAAUAUUCUCGAUAUUUGGAUUUAAAUAUGAAGUGGCUUACAGAAGCAAUAUCUGCUGCGCAAAUUACAAAUGCUGAUGACUUUGACCAAAUCGACUAUGUUGAAUCUUUGAGAGAAUCUUGUUGUUAUGCAUUUUCUGGUAUUGUACAAGCAUUAAACGGGUCACCAGAAAGUUUACAAUUAAUUCAACGAAAUAUUCAACCAAUGCUUCAAUUAAUUGUUCAAAUUUCAAAUUCACAACCAACAACAUCAGAAAAUUUAUAUUCGAGUGCUUGUGCAUUAGCUGGUGAUCUGCUUCAUUCUUUUGGUGUUGAAUUUUUGCCUGUUGUCGAUACUGCUGAAUUCGGAAUUAAUACUUUGGUUGCUAAAUGUCGACGUUCUAGAACGAAUAAAGCUAAAUCUAUUGCUACCUGGGUCACUAGAGAAAUUGCACGGGUCAAACGACAAGCGGGUAAUGCUGCCGCAGCUGCAGGUCAAUCAUAGU